GAGAAGUUGAUGGAGCUGCCAGCAGCGAUCAGGUGUGACUUGACACUCUUAUGAAUACCUGACUGUCGGAGCAGUAACUGCAGUCCCAUCAGAUGUGAAUCAGUCUUCUCCUUCGUGUUGAGUCAGAAUGGAAAAGGUGAUCAGCUGUUUCAAGAAGAGCCCAGAUGCUGUGGCCAGGCUGAUCUGCUUCCCCUGGGCAGGUGGAGGCUCCAUGCAUUACGCGCGCUGGGGCAACGUCCUCCCCAGCUCCAUAGAAGUGUUUGCUGUGAAGCUGCCGGGCAGAGAGAGCCGAGCCAGGGAGCCCUUCUUUGAGGACAUGCAGCAGAUCGUGGACGAGGUCAUCGGUGUGUUGUUGCCGCUGCUGAAAGAGAAGCCGUUUGCUCUGUUUGGACACAGUUUUGGGGCCUUCGCCGGUUUCGCCGUGGCAGAUGCUCUGAAGAGACGACACAACCUCGAACCGGUUCACCUCUUCCUCUCCGGCGCCUCUGCACCUUACUCAGAGACGCGCACCAAGACCCCGAAGAGAAGCGAGCUGUCCGACGACGAUUUCCUGAAGUGGCUGGUUUCCAUCGGAGGGACUCCCCCCGAGCUGCUGGCCAACCCCGAGGUCCUGAAGCUCUUCCUGCCCGCCCUGAAGGCCGACCUGCACGUGGUGGAGAACUACAGGUGCCACGAGCCGGACGCGCCACCGCUCCGCUGCCCCGUCACGUGUUUCGAUGGAAAGGACGACAUUCCUCACGACUUACAAGACUGAAUGCAGCAACACUUCAGAGCAGAAUCACUUUCUGAUCGAUCCGAUCUGUGAACUGUCUGUAACAAUGGAUAUCUUGGGCCCCCCAAAACAUUGCACAGACACACCCAGACUUGACACUCACCUUGGGGCUUAGCCCCCUUUCUUUGAAUCCUACAAACGCCCCUGGGCAACUCGAUUUAAAUGAUGGUUCUUAACCGUCGGGUUUUGAGUCGUCUCUCCCUUCAUUUGUAUUCUUUUCGAACAGCUUGGAAAAACAUCACGUCCGGAGAUUUCACCGUCCGGAAGCUGGAGGGAGCUCACUUCUACCUGAAGGAGUCCAACAAUGAAAAAA